AUGAAGAAACUGAAUUAUGAUGAAAACCGAGCACAACAGCUGAAGUCAGAGAAGCAGGUUCUGCUGAAAGAAAUUUACAGCCUUACUUCUGAACUCGAAGACUUUGCAAGGAGGGUUCCUGUUGAAUUUACAUACACUGAUCCUGAAUUCCGUUUCGAUCACUCUAGAGUGAAAGGCGUUGUAGCGAACUUAUUUCAGCUGAUCGACCCUAAAUUUGCGACUGCCAUUGAGACGGUCGCUGGCAGCUCCGUAAGUUGA